UGAGCAAACGAUUUGGGCAGAUCGAUUGUGUAGUCAGCUCAGAGACUUCCGCUGUAUGUAAGCGUACUUCUUUCCGUUUGUAUCUUUAAUCAUGGCGGUGGGGAAAAAUAAGGGGCUUUCGAAAGGAGGCAAAAAGGGAGUUAAAAAGAAGAUCGUUGAUCCCUUCACCCGCAAGGAUUGGUACGAUGUCAAGGCACCAUCCAUGUUUACCACUCGUCAGGUUGGCAAGACCUUGGUUAAUAGGACCCAAGGAACUAAAAUUGCCUCUGAGGGUCUGAAGUAUCGUGUAUUUGAGGUCUCUUUGGCAGACCUUCAAAGUGACAAUGACGCUGAGAGGUCCUUCCGUAAGUUCAGACUGAUCGCAGAAGAUGUUCAGAGCCGCAAUGUCCUGACCAACUUCCACGGGAUGGAUCUAACCACCGAUAAGCUGCGUUCUAUGGUCAAGAAAUGGCAGACCUUGAUUGAAGCUAACGUUGACGUGAAAACGACAGAUGGUUACCUGUUGAGGGUUUUCUGCAUCGGUUUCACCAACAAAGAUCAACUUAGCACUAGGAAAACUUGUUACGCUCAACAUGCUCAGGUCCGUAAUAUCCGGAAGAAGAUGGUAGAUAUCAUCACUGGUGAUGUUGCAAAGAGCGAUCUGAAGGGAGUGGUUAGCAAACUCCUGCCUGAUGCCAUUGCCAAGGAUAUUGAAAAGGCCUGCCAGGGCAUUUACCCCCUCCAUGAUGUCUACAUUCGCAAGGUAAAGGUAUUGAAGAAGCCACGUUUCGAGUUGAGCAAGUUGCUCGAGCUCCACGGCGAUGGAGGUGGCGGAAAGAGUGGUGACGCUGAAGAGGGUGGUUCAAAGGUUGACAGGCCUGAGGGCUACGAACCCCCCGUACAGGAGUCUGUUUAAUGGCAUAAUGCUCCUAACAUCUCUUUUAAAAAUAAAAUCCACUUCUCUGUGCGGAAA